UUAACACUUACUUUGCAACCACAACCACUCACCACUCAUUUCAUUGCUGACACCAUGCCCAACCACUUACCUCUCGUCGAAUCACUCGCAGGCCAAACCAUAGACGACGGCCGCCUCUUGCUCAUCGACCCUGUCGGCCAAGGCGCCACCGGCGUCGUCUUCCGCGCCGUCGACCUCUGCUCGUCGACCCCUUACGCCGUCAAGUGCAUGGUCAAGGGCGCACCGGGCUCGCGCCAGGCCAUCUUCCAGCGGCGUGAGAUCGAGCUGCACCGCCGGGUCUCGGCGCACCCGGGCGUCGUGACGCUGCACCGCGUCGUCGAGGAGCGCGGGCACGUCUUCCUCGUGCUCGACUACUGCGCGGGCGGCGACCUGUUCAAGUUCCUGACGCGGCGCGGGACGUUCGUGCGCGACGACGCGCGCGUCCGCCGCGCCAUGUGCCAGCUCAUCGACGCCGUCCAGCACUGCCACGCCCGCGGCGUCUUCCACCGCGACAUCAAGCCCGAGAACCUCUUCUGCUCCCGCGACGGGACGCAGGUGCGGCUCGGCGACUUUGGGCUCGCGACGAGCAGCGUCGCGAGCCGCAACUUUGGGGCGGGCACGGCGGGGUACAUGAGUCCAGAGUGCAUCGGCACCGAGAUGGGCGCCGCGAGCUACCGCACGGCCGCGAACGACGUCUGGGCGCUCGGCGUGAUCUUCACGAGCAUGGUCUCGGGGCACAACCCGUGGCGGCGGGCGGUGACGGCGGACGAGUGCUUCGCGGCGUACGUCUGCGACCCGUCCUUCCUGCGGCGCAUGCUGCCGAUCAGCGCCGCGGCCAACGACAUUAUCACCGGCGUCUUCGCCCCGAGCGAGACGCGCCUCUCGCUCGCCGGGCUCCGCGCCAAGGUGCUCGCCGCGGACACCUUCUUCCUCGCGCCCGCCGAGCUCGCGCAGGCGGACGCGUGCGUGCGCCAGGCGGCCGAGUCGUACGCCGCCGUCGUCUCGAGCGGCAGCACCGACUCGGUCGAGUCGUUCGGCGCGCUCUUCGACGUCGACGUCGCGGACGCCGCGCACAGGCUGAUUGAUCUGCAGGAGCAGGAGAAGGAGAAGGAGGAAGGAAAAGACACGACAGUGCUCCAGAGCGACGAUGAGGUUGUCGUCGCGCCGGGGCCGCGCCUCGAGGUGCCGGAAGACGGGGUGCGGCCCGAGGCGAGGGGGCGUGCUGGCCCGCCGCGGCCACAGCCAAUGCCGUCGUUUGGGGAUUUCAUGCGCACGCCGUCUUCGGGUUCGUCACACUCAGACGGCCGGGAGCAACAGAAGAGGUUUUGGCGGUCGCACUCGCCAAUAGGGAUCUUCAGACGUAUCAUGGACAAGAUUUUUGACUGAUAUGCUUUUGC